ACGAAUUACCUCCUCACUGACUCGACACGGGCUCGAAACAAUGAAACCUCACUUUUAUGCUGCAUGUCGGGCCUCUGUGGUCCCGCGCGUGGAAUAGCUGUGUGCGCAGAGUCGCGUUUGAACUACGAGCCAUCUGGCACUCGCUACAACCGUGCGAUGGACAGCCCAGAUGGGAUCGAGCCGGCGGUUCAAAGCUCGACGGCCCAAAACUUGGCCAGAAGGCGCUUUUCUCAUGACAAUCAAAAUCUGUCUCCAGACGAGAUAGAUGGCCUCAUGUCCAGCUGUGACGGUCGCCCGUUCCUUGUGGUGCAUCAUCUUCCUGAAAUGAAAGAUGAGGGCGUGCCUUUCCUAAUGCCUGGUGUACCUAUUACAUGCAGAGUGACCAACACAGAGAAAUACACUACUCGCUCAAAGGUCCAUGUCAGCACCCUGUAUACCGUGCAGCUCACACACGGCCACUUCCACUGGGUUGUGAAGAGGAAGUACAAGCGCUUCCAAGAGCUCCAUCGAGACCUUUACAAGCACAAGAUGAUGCUUCACUUGCUGCCUCUGGGAAGAUUUGCAAAGGAGAGGCAGCAGCUGAGAGCCAUGUCAGAGGAAAUGCCCAGCCUACAAGGGAAUGAACGGACCAGGAGGACCUCCAGCAAAAUGAAAUACCUUGAGGAUUACCUGAAUGGUCUGCUGGAAAACUCAUUUUGCAAGAAUGAUCACAGCAUGCUGGAAUUCCUCUCCGUCGGAGCUCUGUCCUUCGUCACUGACCUCGGAUCGAAAGGCUUGGAGGGACCCAUCUUCAAGAGGUCGGGGGGUCACCGGAUCCAAGGCCUCAACUGCUUUGGCCACCAUCAGUUAUGUUUCCGCUGGUCCCGCCGCUGGCUGGUGGUUAAAGACUCCUUCCUGAUGUAUAUGAACCGAGACAACGGCAAGAUCAACUUUGUGUUGCUGUUCGACCCAGAGUUCAAAGUGAAAGUGGGCCGCGUUCACACAGACGCCAGAUAUGGAGUCUGCUUCGAGAACUUCACUCGGAGUCUAAUCAUCAGAUGCAGCAGCUAUAGACAGACUCAUUGGUGGAGUCAUGAAAUCAACCGGCUGGCAGAAACCUCCGACUUCCUCAAAGUGCAACGCUUCGAGGGGUUCGCUCCGCCACGGGAGAACACGCUCACUAAAUGGUAUGUGAAUGGAAGGGGCUACUUUGCAGACCUGGCUGAUGCUCUUGAACAAGCGAAGGAGGAAAUCUUCAUCACGGAUUGGUGGCUCAGCCCUGAAGUGUUCCUAAAGAGACCAGCAACUGAUAACUACUGGCGCCUGGAUGAGAUACUCAAACGCAAAGCAGAACAAGGAGUCAAAGUGUGUGUUCUGCUGUACAAAGAGAUGGAGAUGGCCCUUGGCAUCAAUAGUCAGCACAGCAAGAGUACUCUCAUGAACAUGCACCCAAACAUCAAGAUAAUGCGACAUCCUGACCACGUGUCCUCUGUGGUGUUCAUGUGGGCUCACCAUGAAAAAACUGUGGCCAUUGACCAAACGGUAGCCUUUGUGGGGGGGAUUGACCUGGCAUUCGGGAGGUGGGACGACAGCCAGUACCGGCUAACUGACCUGGCCAACAGUGGCACCGAGGAGGAGCCCAAAGGAGAUGCAGUCGAUAACGGCGUGUCUGAUGGUUCAACGCCAGCUGAACCAGAUAAGCAAGUGGAGCAGGACCUCAAUGACCUGACCAGCAACACUAAACUGUGGCUUGGCAAAGACUACAACAACUUUAUCAAGAAAGACUGGGUCCAACUGGACCGACCGUUUGAAGAUAACGUCGACCGUACGCAGAUUCCCCGCAUGCCGUGGCGUGAUAUGUCUGCAGCUGUUCAUGGCAAAGCCGCGAGGGACGUAGCACGUCACUUCAUCCAGCGCUGGAACUUCACCAAGAUCUUCAAAAACAAGUACAAGGACGUGUUCUACCCUUACCUUCUCCCCAAGUCGAACUGCACUGCUGACUCGCUCUCAUUCACGGUGCCCGGAUCCAGCAAGGCCAAAGUGCAGGUGUUGCGCUCUGCCGACCGCUGGUCGACGGGAACCAAUGAGAGCUCGAUCCUCAACGCCUACGUCCACACCAUCGAGAACAGUGAGCACUACAUCUACAUCGAGAACCAGUUCUUUAUCAGCUGUGCCGAUGAUGGGAAGACCAUCUAUAAUGGGAUCGGGGAUGCAAUUGUGAAUCGAAUCCUGCGCGCACACAGAGAGCAGAAGAAGUUCCGGGUGUUUGUGGUGGUUCCUCUGCUUCCUGGAUUUGAGGGAGACAUCAAAUCUGGAGGUGGAAAUGCAAUCCAAGCUAUUCUGCACUUCACUUUCAGGACCAUGUGCCGAGGGGAGCACUCCAUCCUCUCAAGACUUAGUGAAGUUAAGUGGACGGAGUACAUCACACUCUGCAGCCUGAGAAAACAUGGCGAGCUCUCCCAGUCGCUUGUCACAGAGCUCAUCUAUGUGCACAGCAAGAUGCUCAUUGCUGAUGACCGCUGCUAUAUCAUUGGAUCAGCCAACAUCAAUGACCGCAGCAUGCUGGGCAACAGAGACAGUGAGAUGGCAGUGUUUGUGGAAGAUGAAGACCGGGUCAGUUCCCUCAUGGGGGGGCAGGAGUACCAGGCCGGACCCCUCGCACUCGCUCUGCGUAAAGAGUGUUUCAGUGUUCUUGUUGGAGCUUCUUCAGACCACAGUGUCAAUGUUGAUGAUCCAAUCAGCGAUGAAUUCUUCUUCUUGAGCUGGAAUGCAUCUGCUAAACUGAAUACCACUAUUUACGACAAGGUCUUCAAAUGCCUGCCCCACAACUCUGCCCACAACAUGCGACAGCUCAAGGAAUACGCCAGCGAGGACCCCCUAUGCGACACGGACCCCGAGCAGGCCAGAGAGGAGCUCAAGGCUGUCCACGGGCUGCUGGUCCACUUCCCCUUGAAGUUCCUGUGUGAGGAGAACCUGAUGCCUCCACUGAACACUAAAGAAGGCAUGGCUCCUGUGGGGCUGUGGACAUAACCGCAGCUGAGCUCAGAUCAGACCCCCACGUGACAGCUAAGGGACUGCUGCACUACCACAUGCUCCUCCUCGUCGUUUCUAAUGGUUCAGCACAGUACGCUGAUGUAGUUACACUAACACUGCAGUGGUGAGGAAAGACAUCACUUCAACACGGGUUAUGUUUUUUUAUAUAUGGCUUUUUGACUGGCGAGUCUGCACAUGAUCGUUGAAAUGGAGAUUUUUUUUUUGUAUCCUGAUUUAGAACAGUAGCUUAAACUGAACUUUCCAGUUUUUUUCCCGCGAUGAUCGUGUCUGCUGCAUAACUCGCACGACAGUGCAAUCUGAAGUUCAGGGCUGGCGGUGGUGUUCGACACACAUAAACCAAUGUGUGAGUCAGGAGAAGAAUGCGACGUUGUAUUGGAAAUCAAGUGUUUCACAUCAUCGUGGAACAUAGUUUACAUUUAUUGGUGCAAGGUUUUUGGGUGGGUGGGUGUCUCUGUCUCUCUCGAUCGCACUCCCUCUCUCCCUCUGAGGCUUCACCUCUCACUGCAGUGCCAGCAAAUCUGUCAGAACAUUUGUGGUUGUUAUGGUGACGAGUAUAAAGAGACGACUGAAUUGUAGUUGAAAUAAAAACUGGAGAGGGCAGAAAAGGAAGAGUACUGUUAAGAGGAAUACCUUCCUACGUCAGGAUGGUGGACUGGAACAUAGAUGGUGAUAUGUUGAAACAGGACGGAUCUUUUCUGUCGAAGCAAAAUCAUUUCAAUAUUUUUGGAUGGAUGAUCAGGUGGGAAAGCUGUUCGAGGGAAAGAAAAGGAGGACAAGAUAAUUAAAGGGUGCUCGGUUGAUUUACCGCUAAUUGUUGCUUUUUUUUAAAGUCGUCAUGGCAACCGAAGGGAAUUAUUAUUUCAUCAUCUCGUCAGCAGAACAGAACUAAACAUUCCAAUAUCCAUUUCAGCUAUUUCCAUGCUGGCUCUUCAAAUCUGUGGCCAGGUGCCAUGAAAUAUCUGACAUAUAUAUAUACAUUAAUAAAAAGAGUAUAUAUAUAUAUACUAUUUUUAUUAAUGUACAUGUGCCAGGCUUUUAUCACAUUGAGCCAUUACUGUAACUGAGUAUUGGCAUAGUGUGUCUAAUAUUCACAGUUCAAUUCCCAUGGAGCAACAUCAAGUCUUCAUUCGCAAAUCAUUUUAGGUUAUGUUUCAUAUGAAAUCUAGGUCAGCAUUCUCUCUAAACCGGCUAAUUAUCUUGACUGAGCCAUUAGCACUGAACGACUAGAUUGAGCAAGUCUCGCACUGGACGAACAUGUAGCAUCCAUAUUGCAUUGACUGGUUUGGAGAUAUUGUGUAAUAACGUGGCAGAACGGGCUGUCUUUUUCAAGUAGCAAAGCAGGUAAUGGGUUACUGUUAUGCAACAAUAAAAUGUGAUCCAUGUUUCUUCAGCUCGAACACUGACAGGAAUGUAGUUUGACCAAGGAGAGAGGAAAAUGAGGAUGCUCUGUAACCUGAGAAGGAUUUUUUGGUGGGGGGGGGGGCACUGUUUCUAUGUUUGAACGUUUCUCACAUGGCCCACAGUCUUGCCAAGUUUUUCAGUGACUAUAAAGCUCCUGUAUCAUAUCAAGAUUUUAGAGGUCAAUCAGCACCGAGGCACACAAAAGGCAGAAUGUGAGGCUUUUAAAUGGGACUUUAUUUUCUAUACUCUUUUUACACUUUUCCCUGUCGACUGUAUUUUCAAGAGAUCUGUUUGUUAAUGCCCGUACUCUCCACACAUGUUAUGGAUUAAUGUACAUGAUCAUUACCAUAAUCAGCAGAGCCAGUGAAAUACACAGAUGUGUCUGUCUGUACACAUGUCCUCUUGUUUUUACUGUCACUGAUUGCACAUAGCACAGCACACAGUGACCUUGAGCCUAUAUGCAUCUAACCCAUCCUAGUAUUAGGGACAGUGAACUACGAAAAUACAGAGUCCGAGGAGCACUUUCAGAAAUUGAUGCCUUGCUCAUGGGGCACACGAGGCAAACUGACACUUCACCAGUCCCAGUCCACACUUGAUCCGCGCUUGAACCAGCAACCCUCUGAUUCCCAGCCUAUUCCCCGCUCCUGCUCCAGAGCAAAUGCAUCUGUGAAUCGGACCGAUGACAAGUGUGACACAUUUUUGCUGUCUUGUCACUACUUGAAGCACCUUUCACAGAGGAAGAUAUUAAACAGACUCUUGCACACGAGAGGAUGUGCAUGUGCUGUAGUGUACAGCACAAAAUGGUUGCCUUUGGAGGCUUACUUUGUUUAAAGAUUCGGCCAAAAUGUCUGUGAUAUACUUAGUGACCUUAACUGUUUCUACCAUCAUUUGUGUUUUUAUUGGCCUCAUAGCCAGCAUUAACAAUACAUUUUUAUGGAUAUAUUACUAAUAUAAACUUGUUUCUAAAAGUCACCAUGUGAAAAUCUGUGUCUGAAAAUCUGCCGAUUUAUUAUUAUUAACUUUUUGUGCUGAUGUAUUAUAGCCUGUUAACACUGAGGGGUGGAGGGAUAAUAACUAUUCUUACUUAAUGACUUGAUGUAUUAUUAAUUAUGAACAACUCAAUAAAGUUAAUGGCAUGUAUCAAAACGAAGCCUUUCCCAACCAGAACUACGAAUGCUAUCUAGAAACAGGGUGACAUUUUGCAAGGAAAUAAAAGAGAUCGGAAAAAGGAUCAUUAAUUGUCUUUAUGCACAGCAAAUUUAAGUUGUAGAAAAUGUUCAACACAACAAAUGCGUGACAAAUAAAACUAAAACAUUCCCGUCAGCAUUUUUUCAAUUUACAUCACAAGUAAUGUAAACAGCAACAACAAAAUGGCGUGGUGUAUAUUAUUUUUAAGCCACUGGUUUCACUGUUAGUUUAAAAUCCAGUAGCAUCCUUUGUUAUCUGUUAAUUCGAACAGAUAUUGUAUUUUAGUCAAGCAAUUUGAAGACUGACUCUACAUAGAAACUGAACCAUGUAAAUUGGCACUAUUUACCACAAAAGUAAUUAAAGUAAAUGCUCUAUAUACCAUG